UCAUACAGUUACCGCGUCUGUUUUGCUCAAACGGCGAAGCUAAAAGAUAGUCACUAAAUCCACUUGUUGUUAACUGAACUAUUCUCAACCCCGCUUAGUCCCCAGACUUAGCUCAAGUGUGUGUUAUUUGCUCUUUUUUGUGUGUCGCAUAACUUGUAUACGUGUGUGGGUCGCAGUCACAAUUUGAAAAGUGUUGCUGUUUGCUUGCGGGUAACUCGGCCAGGAUUCCUGCUCAAGAGGAUGGACAGUGAAAUCCAACGAGAUGGGAGAGUGCUGGACCUCACUGAUGACGCCUGGAGGGAAGACCGACUGCCCUACGAAGACGUCACCAUCCCUCUGACUGAAUUGCCAGAGGCUGAGCAGGACAACGGAGGCUCCACAGAGUCUGUGAAAGAACAAGAGAUGAAGUGGACAGACCUCGCCCUGCAGAGCCUGCACGAAAACACACCGAGCACCGGAAGCUGAAAGACUAAUCGGGAAUCAGACGGGGAAAAAAAGUGGACACUUGAUUGAGUUGUUUUGCAUUGUAUUGUGUAUUGAAUGAGUUUCAUUAUUUUCCAAUUAAGCUGAAAUAAUGGAAAAUGUGUUUUAGCUUCAUUUUGGGGUUUGUAGUCCUCAUGAAUAUGAAUGUAAAAAACACAAAUUAACAUAAUUGGAAAAGAGUUUCAUUCCAAGUCCUUCGAGUUUUUCUUGCAGAAUUCAGAAAGGUGGCUGACAUUAAUUUGUAUUUUCUCUUUCUCUCUGUGCUCCGCGUCUGUCAGCUUUCCAACAUAGAAGCAUCUCUGGCCUCAUUUUAUGAAGUGGUGGCCGUAACUCAGCAUCAAGUUGGCAGUUGGAUGAAUACAGUUCUGGUAUUCCCACAAGUCUUGACAAAUUCAACUAUUUCCUCAAAGUUAUCUUAGACUCACUCGCACAAAGUUCUUUUGAGCUCAAGUAAAGAAACUGCAGUACAUUUGUUUUUGCAACCCUGCAGUGGAUCAUACUUCCUCGAAGGUUAAACGGUUAUCUUAAGCGGUUAUUUUAACUUGAUAAUCAUAUUUGGAGGCUUGGUUGUUUAUAUGGGUCACUUAAACUUCAAGUUAGCCGUUUAUUCACUCUGGUGCAGUGUUAUUUCCAGCCUACUUAUCUUUAGGAAAUGCAUUUAUCCAUUGUAUACAGAACUAUUUAGGGACUAUAAUUUCCUCCUAGACUGCUUUACAUUUUUUUGGUAUUUCACAAUUUCAGUUUAGAAAAGCUCUGUUGAGAGUUGCUGGUUUAGCAUCUGACAGCCCUGUCUCAGGCUGAGGAAUCUGUGAGAACCUCGUUAGGGAAGUUUAAACCAGUACCCUGACUAUCUCCAUCAUUACUCUGUGUGUGCAGCCUCUGCCAUGAGCUUGCAAAUGUGGUCAUGUGGCCCCUUCCCCACCAGGGCUGACGGGUGCCGGUAGGAGCCCCCCAGGCGAUCCCAGAGUGUAAAGUAUUGUCCGUAGUUGUAGUUGAAGAAAAGAUGAUGGUCUACGUGGUGCACAGCACCGUUGAUCAGACAUAUAAGGGGGCCGGGGAUGCGGUAGUCUCCAUCGUGUAUGGAAAUGGUCCAGAUGUUGACAAAGACAAAGAGUGAGAGGUAAACCACCUGGAAUGUAAAUAUACAAAGGCUAUUUAAAAAAAACAGUGUUUAGUUAAGUUUACAUCAAGUAAUAAACUUUUUAGAAAUUC